AUCGUGUUUUUAGUCUAGCGAGGAUUUGAGUGAGAGCGCUCAGGUUAGUAACAGCGGUUGGUCAAUCUUUCGUUUGGAGGCCGGAGUAAGCAGAAAAUCCAUCCACCAUGGACGCGAUUAAGAAGAAGAUGCAGGCGAUGAAGCUUGAGAAGGACAAUGCUCAAGACAAAGCCGAUACCUGCGAGAACCAGGCCAAGGAGGCCAAUCUCCGUGCUGACAAGAUCAUGGAGGAGGUCGCUGAACUGACCAAACGUUUGGCCCAGGUCACCAGCGAUCACGAACAGUUCAAGGCCUCGCUAGAGCAGGCCAACAAGGACCUGGAGGAGAAGGAGAAGAACCUCACCGCCACCGAGGCCAACGUAGCCGCUCUUACCCGCAAGGUCCAACAGGUUGAGGAGGAUCUGGAAAAGUCCGAGGAACGUUCCGGUGCUGCACUGUCCAAGCUGCUGGAGGCCACCCAGUCGGCUGAUGAGAACAACCGUAUGUGCAAAGUAUUGGAGAACCGUUCCCAGCAAGAUGAGGAGCGUAUGGAUCAGCUGUCCAACCAGUUGAAGGAAGCCCGUCUGCUCGCUGAAGAUGCUGACGGCAAGUCUGAUGAAGUGUCCCGCAAGCUGGCCUUCGUUGAAGAUGAGCUGGAAGUCGCUGAAGACCGUGUAAAGUCCGGAGAGGCCAAGAUCAUGGAGCUUGAGGAAGAGUUGAAGGUUGUCGGUAACUCGCUCAAAUCUCUGGAAGUAUCGGAAGACAAGGCCAACCAGAGAGUCGAGGAAUUCAAGCGCCAGCUGAAGACCCUCACCAUCAAGCUGAAGGAGGCUGAGACUCGUGCUGAGAAUGCCGAGAAGAACGUCAAGAAACUCCAGAAGGAAGUCGACAGACUAGAAGACGAAUUGGGCACCAACAAGGACCGGUACAAGUCCCUGGCCGACGAGAUGGAUUCCACUUUCGCCGAGCUGGCUGGUUACUGAAAGAGCUGUCUUGUACUUGUCUUGUUUGUAAAAUACUCCGAUCACCUUUGCCACAGCCGGUGCACUCGCGCCUUUUGAUUGAUAAGUUUUCCCAGUCCUACCUGGAAUUCGUGCAGCAGUUUUCCGCACUCGAUUGCACCACCAUCAAGUACCGUACGCAAUCACAAGAGAAGAGAAAAGAAUUCGACGCCCCGAACACCGACAAGCUUGAAGAACCGAUUAGAAAAAUUCAUGUUUUAUCAUAGGAAAAUAUUAGUGUCUAAUUAUCAGAAUCAUUUGUGUAAGUAAAAAGUAAGAGAUCGCUUUUUUAAAGAAAAAGAAAACGCGAAAAGAAGAUGAAAAGCCGUAUUGUUGUUGUUGUUUCAGUCAUCAAACAAGAUCAUGUUCAUGAUCAAAAGAUUUUUUAUUCGAUACUAUUAAAUAUAUAGGUUAUAUUAUAACAAAAAUAAGCGAAGAACCUUAUUUUAUUGGAGGAUUUUUUUUCUAACAAAACAUCUGACGCAGUCAAGUCGAGAAAGGGACAAAGAAGUUGGUGUUGCAAUCAAACCAGAUCUAAAAGCACUUGUCGUAGCACUCGAAAAAAUAAUCAAAAUAAUGUAUUACUUUUAUCAGUUAAUAAAAAGAAACAAUGGUAAUGCUAACUAAAAGAAAAAAAAAUAACAGCACAAUUCUAAGCUCAAUGGAACAAGGUGUCUGCUUUAAUUCGAUUCGCAUGUGCAUCCAUUGCAUGCGAUACUCGAGUUAGAAACUUAGGAAUCUCUAUUUCUCUAUUUUAUUUAGCAGAAAUCGUAUCAAAAUCUUAUUUAUUGUAAUGCUAAGUUUUGAUUUAUUUUGUACAA